GAACCGGGACUGCGCGGCGGAGGAAUACACGAACUUAUAUAGCCCACAGAACACUUGUGACACACAUCUUUGGUUGUGUGAUAGAGGUGUAGACGAGAGCCCUCGCCCUUGUAGAGUAGCUUGUGAAGACUGAUCCAUAAACGCCGUCAGAAAUGGCCGACCAGCUAACAGAAGAGCAGAUCGCUGAGUUCAAGGAGGCGUUCUCCUUGUUCGACAAGGACGGCGACGGCACCAUCACCACCAAAGAGCUGGGCACAGUGAUGCGCUCCCUGGGCCAGAACCCCACUGAGGCGGAGCUGCAGGACAUGAUCAACGAGGUGGACGCAGACGGAAACGGCACAAUUGACUUCCCAGAGUUCCUCACCAUGAUGGCCAGGAAAAUGAAGGACACAGACAGCGAGGAGGAGAUCCGUGAGGCCUUCAGAGUGUUUGACAAGGACGGGAACGGCUACAUCAGUGCUGCAGAGCUGCGUCACGUCAUGACCAACCUGGGCGAGAAGCUGACGGACGAGGAGGUGGACGAGAUGAUCAGAGAAGCCGACAUUGACGGAGACGGACAGGUCAACUACGAAGAGUUUGUACAAAUGAUGACGGCAAAGUGAAGCGCCCCUGUCCUCUCCCGACCUCCUUAGAAGAUUAAAAAAAAAGAAAAAUCAGUCAAAUGUUUUACUUACCUCUUGCAAAAAUAUUCAUCUAUUCAUACUGUUUCUGUAUAGAAAAUAUAACUGAAUGUUGAAAAUGGAAAAAAAAUGUCCUUAAAAAGUAAAAAAAAAAAAUAAAGUAACAAAAAGACAAAAAAUUAAUGCUCUACUGAAGAAGAAAAAACAACAAACAACAACAACAAUGAUCUGCAUGUACUGACUAGUGGUCCUGUUCCAGACGAUCAAUCUUAGAUCAUCCGUAAAGACUACAGAAUACUCUUAAUCUAUACCAAUAAUCCACAAGCUAUAGGAAGCCCCUAUGAGAGCACAUGGCUUCAACUGUUGAACCGGUCCCAGUGUUUGGGCUGGCCAUUAUGUCCUGUUUCUCCUCUACGAUCUUGUUUUUCUUUCUUCUUCCUUUUUCCCUCGUUCUUUCUGUUGUUGGUGCAUGCAUCUUGAGGCUGGAGCCAUAGUCUGGACAGUCGGUUGGCAUAAUCCAUUUCCCGCUGGUGUUUGGUUGUUUGUGGAGUGGGGGGUGGUGGUGGUUAUGGGCAGGGUGUUGUCUGGUAGACUGCAAAGUCUUUAGUUUGGGUGGAGGUCGAGUGUUCACGUGCUGGUCGGACAAGUUGAAAAGCUCCAAAGUCAAACCCAUCAACUGCGUCAUGUUCACACGCUUUUUGAUUAAAGUAAAACAGAUUUAUUUUUAUUUUCAGAUUGAAAACAUUUUUUUUUUUUUUUUUUUUUUUAAUGAAGG